AGGCGACGGCGGCGGCGGCGGCGGCGGCGGCGGAGGGGGGAAGAUGGCGGCGCCCGUCCUGCUGAGAGUGUCGGUGCCGCGGUGGGAACGGGUGGCCCGGUAUGCAGUGUGCGCCGCCGGGAUCCUGCUCUCCAUCUACGCCUACCACGUGGAGCGGGUGAAGGAGAGGAACCCGGAGCACCGGGCCCUCUGCGACCUGGGGCCCUGGGUGAAGUGCUCCGCCGCCCUGGCCUCCAGAUGGGGUCGAGGAUUUGGUCUUUUGGGUUCCAUUUUUGGAAAAGAUGGUGUAUUAAACCAGCCAAACAGUGUCUUUGGACUUAUAUUUUAUAUACUACAGUUAUUACUUGGCAUGACAGCCAGCGCAGUUGCAGCUCUUGUCCUCAUGACCUCCUCCAUCGUAUCUGUGGUGGGGUCUUUGUACCUGGCCUACAUUCUGUACUUUGUGCUGAAGGAGUUUUGCAUCAUCUGCGUCACCACAUACGUGCUGAACUUCAUUCUCCUCAUCAUCAAUUACAAACGACUAGUUUACUUGAAUGAGGCCUGGAAGCGACAGCUGCAGCCUAAGGAAGACUGACGGCUGGCGGAUUCCCAUCCAACUGUCUCAAACACUUCUUUCAUUAAGUUUAUUUUGCAAGUUUUUUUUUAAUUCACAACAGACACUUUCCCUGAGAAUCUUAAACUGAUUUUUUAAAAUACUGUAAAUUAGAAGGGGCCCUAGCUAUUUUCUGUGUCAAUCUUCAUUUUAAAUCCGGAUACAAAAAAGGAUACGACGAGCCAAUCAAAGACAAGCUUUAACUUUACCUUGAAGAUGUUUCUGAAAUAAUAAAAUGUAGCCCUAGCCCCCGGUCCUCAACCGUAAAGUGAGCAGCCAUUGCUAGUAAUUCUUUAAUGUGCAUAAAUUCAAUUUCAGGUAUAACAAAUGUGAUCAUGAACAUGAAAAUAUUUUAGAGUAGAUACUGUAUUAAAUAUUGCCAUGUUUACAAUAUGUAAUAUGUUUUUAGCCGAUGGAUUUAAACCUGUAGAUUCAAUUAGAGUCCAUUCGUGUGAUAUUUGUAAAUAAAGGUAGAAACAUUGGAUCCACCCCUGCAGAACGUACUGUACAGUUUAGUUGAAGUGUAGUAAGAAAGAAUUGUCAGCUCAUCGUGACUGCUAAGUAGUGGAGAUAGUAGACCCCAUCAGAACAUCUUGGGAAACGUGCUGACAGCCCUGGUGCAGGAUUGACAGCAGACACAGUAGGAUGCUUGGUUCCCUUCCAUCUCUCACUCUGAGAGGAAGAGGCUAAAUCUGAACAUCCAAGUCGAGUUUGACUAGUCAUAAAACUGGAUGGAUCCUAACUGCUUAGAAUGCCGUGUGACCGGACCUUUAAUUCCAAGGCUCUUGGGACACGGAUGGUAGGAGAUGGACGUAGUCUUUGGAGAAAAACUGAAACCACUAUGGCAUUUUUGGGCAAAGCCUCUUAGCCAGUAAGUAGCUGACCUUUCAGUAUAGAUGUGUUCCCUUGAUACUGGUGCCUGUCAGCUCAACAGUAUUAGGACUGGGAUAAGCACCGGCCAAGUGCUCGAAGUCAGUCCAUAGUGUUUCCUUUCUCAUUCCUCUUUCACUAAGGGUUGUCAGUGAGUGUUUCAGAACCACAUACUGAAUUUGUAAACCUUAGGGCUGACUCGGAAGAAACACAACACAUAGAAAGACCUGGAAGAGAAACAUGGAAACUUUGUUGCAUUCUAGUAGUCACACAGAAGCAGUGAGAAGAACCCAGAGGUGAUCUGAAUAAACCCUGAUGAAAUGGUGACUGUGUUUCUCUGGUUAGCAUCUUACAGGAGAUGUUAAAAGUGCCUUCUGUCUUAAAUCUCAAACCAAAUCAUUCUGUGUGUUGAACUGGGGCAGAAGUAUCCCUCCUUUCAUUCCUUACCACGAAGCAGAGAACUUGCAUUCUACCAGAAGGGGCUGUGCCGCCAUUUUAUUCCUUGAGUUGAGAAGUAGUGGCAGUGUUUUUGUUUAUGAUUUGGUUAAUCAUUAUGUUAAAAAUAGGCAACUAGAUGGCAUCUUUUGAGAGCUUUUAUUUGCCUUCUUUUGGAGGGAGGGAACAGGCUUUGCUUUGUAAAGAACUCCUGUGGUCAGCAAUCCGUUGAGUGGUUUACGACCUUCAGUUACAACUGAUGCACCAUAGGAUUUCUGGCCCAGGGCAGGUAUAAAAUAUGAAUUGUAAUGCCCUUUUUCUUAAAAAUCAGUUUCUUAAAAGACAGAUUAAUUUGUAUUUCAUCAAAGGUUGUGUUUCUCCACGAAUGUGAACAUCUCCAUGACUGUCUACGUAUGCAUUGUUGUCUUCUGAAGGAGUUAAAGAAUGUACCGAAUGGUGUUUAUGGAGAACCAAGUCCUCAUGGGAGAACUGUACAGUGAGGUCAUCUUGUAGCCCUUCAUCCAGGUCUCCCAAGGCAGUAGCCAAGACUUCUGCUACUUACACAUCAAGGCUGUGCUAAACAAGUCCCUUGGGUCCCAAUUCCAAAGGAUCUUUUGUAUCUUUUAUCACUCAGUAGAGUGUCGUUAAAGCUUGUCUUGACAUUACAGGUGUCUUCAGCACUUAUUCAGGAAAAGGUGAGAGUAUUCAUCCAUCAGACCCUUCAUGGUUUCCCUUUGCUUUCCUAAGUCUUGGAAGUGCCACCACUGUAGAUUGUAUGGACUUUUUGUUUAUUACAUUCCUGUGACCUAAUAGAAUGAACGACCCCUUUCUCACUGAGAGUUAACAGGUGCUGUCUGAAUAGCAGCCUUUGCUGACCAGUGUGCUCACGCUUGCCUAUGGUCCUGCCACUUGGGAGGCAGAAGCAGGAGGAUCAGUGGUUCAAGGUCAUCCUUGACUACAUAGCAAAUUAGAGACCAGCCUUCGCUACAGGAGACCCUAUCUUUAAAAGAAAAAAAAGAGAGAGAGAGAGAGAAAGCAUUUGCAAAUAUAUGUUCUCAGUAAACUGCCCUGUUGUGUUUUAUUUGGUAGUUUUUGCCCUGAGGAAAUUCAGGCUCCUCUCUGUCCUUCUAUUAAGUGGUAUGGGGGAGAAAAAUGCUGUGUUAUAAAACUGCUAAUAUUGUCAUGGCUGUUUCAGACUGAAUAUUUAAACACUGAAGAAGCAGUGACACAAACCUUGAAUCCCAGCACUUGGGAGGCAGGGGCAGGCGGAUCUCUGAGUUGGAGGACAGCCUGGUCUAGAUAGUGAGUUCCAGGCCAACCAGGAUUAUAUGGUGAAACCCUGUCUCAAAAAGCCCACCCACAAAAUAAUGACAGACAUUGAUUGACGCAUGACUAGCAGUAUGUGUGGGAGGACAGACGGGGGAAAUGACUCCUGCAGAGAUUCUGUGAAGCCUUUCAUUGCACCUCAUAGUGGUAACGUUGAAGGAGUGAGAGAAGUCCCAGCAGGCAUGCUCCAGGGACUGUGGCUGGCCUGUGGGGUUUCAUGGGCCUUCCCCACAGCUGGUUUCUAUCAGGGAGGGGAAACUGGAACAACUCAGGUUUAACAAGCUGCACUAGCUGCAUUCCAGGGAUUACUUUUUCUUCGUAUGUGUAGCCUCUCCUUCAAUCUUCUGUUGUUGUUCUUUUGUAUUUUUUUUAAGAGACACAUUAUCUCAAUCUAUAGCCUAGGCUGUCCUAGAACUCAGUACAUAGCCCAGGCUGGCUUCAAAGUUGGCAUUGCUCCUGCCUUAGCCUCCCAAGUGCUAGAAUGAGUGGUUCAAAUUCAUUAUACUUACAAAUGUUGAAAGACAUUGACUUUUUUCAUAUAAGGAGAUACAGCCCACUUGUCAUUCUUGCAGAAGACCUGGGUUCAGCUCCUAACACCCACAUGCCAGCUUAACAACCAUCUGUAACUCCAGUUCAGGGGAUCCGAUGCCCUCUUCUGGCUUCCAAGGGUACUGCAUGCAUAUGGUGCAUAGACAUACAUGCAGGCAAAAGACCCAUACAUAUAUGAAAGUAUUUCAUUUGGUACAAGAUAUUCUUUGCCUAUGAGGUAACAUAGAGGACAAUAAAAUUAAUGUUGCUUUUUUGUUUGUUUUUAUUUAUAAUUUUUUCAAAAGACUACAGUAAAAGUGCAGCCAGGCAUGGUAGCAUAUACCUGUAAUCCCAGCACUUGGGAGGUGGAUGCUGGAGGACCAGAAGUUCAAGGACAACCUCAGUUAUAUGAGACCUCAUCUCAAAAGCAAAAAUUAAAAACACAGAAACUGCUCAGCAGUUACUUCCUAAGCUAUAGUUAGCAUCACCGGUUGAUUCUGAUGAAUAUUGACAGGUAGUGGCUUUACCUUAAAAGUCAGGAAAAUGUCAGCAAGGCUCCCCGCUGUCGUUUCCAGAACAGUGGAAACCCACCUGGGGUAUGGGUGUCAGCCACCCCUGUGCUUUCCUCCAGCAUACAUCAGUGAACCUGCCCCUCUACACGUUUUAGCACUUUCCGCAGCACAUUUAAGAAUCCUAAUUUGUGAGAGAACAACCCUACAACCAAAGGGGCAGAAUAGGAUUCCAGGCAACUUGAUCAAACAGCCCUACCCCCUCUGUAAACUAAUUGGCCCAGAAGAGGUAAAAUGUUAUGAAGCUGUAUUGAGCAUGACCUAAAUGAUAGGUGUAUAUGACCUGUGAAGUAUGUUCCAUCUAAAAUAUUACUCAUGCUUCGAAAGCUCCUGAGUAAACAUUCAUGUAAAAAGGAGUUCACUGGGAAGAUUCCCCCUUUAAUAUAGAUAGAAAUAUUCUUUAUCAGAGAUUUAGGAUACCAUUUUGCUAACUGGUAAAUAAAAACAUGUAAAUAUGUAAGAAUGUUUAUUUGUUGCACAUAACUUUUUUGGUAUAAAAUAAAUGUAGACGUUACCUGUGGA